AGAAAUCAUGCCCAAGUUCAAACAACGAAGAAGAAAGCUCAAAGCCAAAGCCAAAAGAUUAUUCAGAAAAAAAGAAGCUUCUCACUUCCAAUCCAAGCUAAUUACACCUCCACCUCCACCACCCUCACCAGAAAGAGUGAUUAUUUGUUCAACAGAUAUAUCUCAUAGCAGAAGCUGGCUAAGACUACCCUGGAAAUUCAAAUGUCCCAACAUCAAAAAUGCAGUAAAACUUUGGACAGAUAGAGUGUGGUCUAUACACAAUUGGUGCCAGAACUGCAUAGCCCAGAGUUUAGUAGUAUUGAAAGACACCAUCUUUCCAACUCGUAUCUGCCAAGAACUUCACAGUCUAAAACAACGGUUUUGCAUUUUGGAAGGUGAAUUAUGCAAGCUCCAGGAAGCCCUGAAGACGAUCUCAGAAAGUUCUUCUUGCCCAAGCUGUGGUCAGAGGUGUCACAUGAGUAGUAAACUCACAACUGUGCCUGCCUGUGCUCUCACACCUGGAGAAUCCGGAGCUGCUCUUUCUCCCACACUGCCACAUCCAGCUAGCCAACUCCCCCUGCCUCCACCCCCACCCCCAUCUCUACCUCCACCUCCUCCUCCUCCUCCUCCUCCUCUCCCUCCUCCUCCACCCCCGCUAGCACCUUUGCUGCUCAGAAAACCCGGUUUCACUAAAGCACUUCAGGCUGGCCCAUUAAAAAAAGAUGGACCCAUGCAGAUAACAGUUAAAGAUCUACUGACUGUGAAAUUAAAGAAGACACAAGGUUUUGGUGAAAAGAGAAAGCUUGUACCAUCACCGAAGGCGCGGAAUCCACUAGUUACUGUUUCUGACCUGCAGCGUGUUACCUUGAAAACUAACUCCAAAGCAUUAUCAACUCGAGUUACAAAUGUCUUAAUUACUCCCAGUAAAAGCCAGAUAGAUCUGCGGAAACUGCUUAGAAAAGUUGAUGUAGAGAGGAGUCCAGGUGGAACCCCUCUUACCAAUAAAGAAAAUAUGGAAACAGGAACAGGUCUGACCCCAAUAAUGACCCGAGCCUUGAGGAGGAAGUUUCAGCUGGCUCACCCUAGAAGCCCAACUCAAACUGUGCCACUUUCUACAAGCAGCUUUGAUGAACAAAACUGAUGCCAACUCUGCCUGACUCCAUGUGAUGAUCCAUAAAACAUCCAUACAGAUACAAACACC